CCCCGCGCCUCUUUGGCCGCCUGGGUGUGGACGCCUGCGGCCCGGGGCAGAGCUGGGGCGGCGCGGUGCGGCGCUGGCGGAGGCGCGGCGGGCGCGCGGGCAUGGGGGUCACGGUGGACGUGCACCAGGUGUACAAGUACCCCUUCGAGCAGGUGGUCGCCAGCUACCUCCGAAAGUAUCCCCACCCCAUGGAUAAAAAUGUCAUCUCUGUAAAAAUUGUGGAGGAAACAAGAGAUGUGUCAACAGGGAUCAUCUAUAGAAAGAGGAUUGCAAUCUGUCAGAAUGUGAUUCCAGAAAUUUUAAGGAAGGUGAGCAUUUUAAAGGUACCUAGUAUCCAGUUAGAAGAGGAAUCGUGGCUCAAUCCUCAGGAAAGAAACAUGGCUAUGCGGAGUCACUGCCUUACGUGGACACAGUAUGCAUCUAUGAAGGAGGAGUCUGUCUUCCGGGAAAGUACGGAAAAUCCAAAUUGGACAGAGUUUGUUCAGAGAGGCAGGAUUUCGAUCACAGGGGCUGGCUUUCUGAACUACAUUUUGGAAACUUUUGCCAGCACCUUCUUAAGACAGGGAGCCCAAAAGGGAAUUAGAAUAAUGGAAAUGCUGCUAAAGGAACAGUGUGGUGCCCCCUUAGCCGAAUAAAGAAUCAUCAGGGAGCCGUGUUGUGUUUACUUUUGCUCGAGAAACACUUCUUGGACACAGCACAUCAAAGACGCAGUUUUUGGAUGCAUUGUCGGCAGCUUAAAGAAGAGGACACCUUCCUGCCAGGACAUGAAAUGAUACACUCCCCUGGGAGCCUGCCCCAAAUAACAGCACUCGUGGAGAUGAGCCCUUCUAGCUGAUUUUUAUGGCACAGUCUCCUUACGAUUUUACAAAUAAAGGAAAAACCCCACAGAAAGUGAUGUCCGCCCUACUUCAGGAUGUCCUGCUGAUUGCCUGGUGACCGUGUCAGGACAGCCGAGGACAGGCUAGAGGCCUGAAGAGCGGUGCUUGGGCCUUUCUGUUAUCUGCGUCAUUGCUCAUAGGAUUCACGAGAGGAUUCUGGGACAAAUAAAGGAGCUGAACUGGAUACUUGAUUCAUAGGUGGCCUGGAACAGACAGGAAUGUACCAGACCUGUGUUGAAGCUAAGCCAUAUUUAUAGUAACAUUUAAGAUUCCUCGAAAUCAGGAGCAUUUGAUUUCUACCCAUAAGUACUACAUAACUGCCAUCAGUAUAGCUUUUAUAAUGUAGCAUGUGAGCUGUGAGUUGGUCCUCU